UGUCCGUGGUCCGGUGGAGGGAUGAAACAAGUGGAAGAGGAUGUAUCACUAACAAGUCCACGCUCUCUCUCACACACGCACACGCACACACACUCGCGUCGCCUCCAUUUCCUCUCUAGCAUCCAUCCAUUAUCCAUCCAUUCGUCCUCCGCGCUCGCUCACUGAUCCUCUGCGGUGGUUGCUCCGGAGCUCCAUGGCCGCGACACUCACCAUGAGCAGCGGCGGCGGGCAGGAGGAUCCCUUCUACCCGCUGCAGAAGGCGACUCUCCCGGUUGUGUUCCCUCUGGAGGAGUCGGCGUUGUUCGGCUUGGACUGCAAGCUCUCGGAGAAAGCCGGACAGGAUGACUACACACAGGCAAAAUGUGAGAUGGACAGAUAUCUCUCCCCGCAGCCUCUCUCCCUUCACCCUCCCGCAGACAACCACCAGAAGUCACACAGAGACGGUGCAUCUGUGGUGGAUCACUUCUUCACUGAUGAUCACACCGGCGCCCCCUACACACUAAACAUGAAUCUUUACCUCCCUGAAGUCGCCUACCUGAGAAUGGGAUUGUGUCAGCAGCCGCGGCCUCUACAGCACCAGAACCACACGGGUCUCACUCAAAUCAAAACAGAGUCCACCUCCCCCUGUUUUUCCCCCAACCUACAGCCGCACUGCCCCAACACUUCACCUUCAAAUAGCUGUAGCACAUCUGGGCACGGCCCCGGCGCUCUUGCUAUGGAAACGUCUGCCAUAAACAUGACACUAACAGGGUUACCGGACUUCACCAGUGUUUUCAGCCAAACUGGAGGCAGCCAAGGUGGCGAAUCAGUGCCAGAAGUGUUUGUCAAACAGGAAAUGACAUCACAGUUUGAGCCGCACGCUCUCCACCACCAUGACAACAGCGGCUCGCUGUUUCAGCUCCUAAACUCUGGCUUGGACCAUCCACACACCAACAGUAUGGAGGCUCAGCAGCAUCAUCAUCAGCAGCAGCAUCAGCAGCAGCAGCUACACCACACUUCCACAGUCCACGCACCUUUCCAUGAUCUGUCGGUAGCUUCCUCUUCAUCGCAGCAGGAGACAGCCAAGCCUGCCUACUGCAGCCUGGGUGGGGAGGCCUACACACACCCCCACCCGCAGGCACACCCACAUUAUCUCCAGCAGCAGGUGCCGUACCUGCCGCCGUCUCCGCCCAGCUCGGAGCCCGGCAGCCCGGACAGGCAGAAGGAGCUGCUCCACACCAUGUCUCCUCCUCCGUCAUACGCAGCCACCAUUGCCUCCAAGUUGGCAGUCAGCACCCCAGGACACGCACCCGGCCCGGGACCAAGCAGCUUAGCCCUGCCUCUCACUUCAGGUCUCGCACCAGUCUCAGGUCAAGCGCCCGUUCUUCCCCAAGCCCCCGAAAUAACCACGACCCCAACCCCAGCCCAGACCACCGUUUCCAUACGCUACAGCCGGAGGAACAACCCAGACUUGGAGAAACGGCGGAUCCACCACUGUGAUUAUCCAGGUUAG